GCCAUCUUCAAGGUGGCCAUCAUCAUGGUGGCCAUCAUCAUGGUGGCCAAGGGCAAGAAUGUCAUCCUGGCCAUCAUCUUGGUGGCCAUCAUCAUGGUGGCCACAUGCAAGACUGUCAUACUGGCCAUUCUCAUGGUGGUCAUCAUCAUGGGCAUCAUCAUGGGCAUUGUGGUGGCCAACAUCAAGCCAGCACCCCGCAAGAGCCAACCAAAGUGACUUUCUUAACCGGAUAUACAAAACCAACAUGCCCGUUCGCAAUUACUUUUUCACCAGAGGUCUUCAAUCCAGUCAUCCAGCCUGUUAUUCCUUAUUUAGGAAAAAUUCCUGGAGGGUUAAGGACAGACAUGGCGGUGUUCUUCCAAGGAGCUGUUCCUCCAAAUAGCAAUGAAUUUGAUAUCAGAUUUCAAACAGGGGAGUCUAACUCUGAUGACGUGGCUUUUCACCUCAACCCUCGCAUUUAUGCUAACUUAAUGUACAUGAAUACCUACCGAAAUGGUGCCUGGGAAAAGGAUGAAUCUGUCUAUGACAAGCCAAUGUUUGCUGGUGAAUCUUUCAAUAUACUGAUCGUCAUCAAGUCACAGGGAUAUGAGGUCUACGUGAAUGGAUUAUACCUUUAUUUGUUCAAGCAUCGCAUUCCAAUAGAGAAGGUUACGACACUAACAAUUCGUGAUGAUGUGUUCAUCUCUGUGAUUGGUUACAUUAAUAACUGGAGCACAUCUUCUAUCUAUAAGGACCAACAGAAUACCAAAAGCAUGGGGAGCUUGUUCUCGAGCUUGUUACCAAUCCCAUCUCGGAUCUUAAACCCAGUCAUAAUGCCUAAAAGUCCAUAUUUCAGCGUACUUCCUGAAACCAUAAGACAAGGAAUGGCAUUUUAUAUCCAAGGGGCUGUUAAUCUGAAUGCUACACAAUUUUUCAUAAACUUUCAGUCAGGACAUAAUACUGUGGAUAUUGUUGAUUACGUCGCUUUUCACUUUAACCCUCGGAUAGGCCAAUAUGUAUACAUGAACACCUGGAUCAAACCAAACUGGCAGAAGGAGGAAUUAGCUGCUGAGAAGCCCUUCACUAAGGGAACAACCUUCUCCAUACUGAUCGUCGUAAAGUCAGAGAACUAUACGGUCUAUGUGAAUGGCAAGAGGCACUGCUCAUUUACACACCGCAUCAACCUAAAUAACAUUACUGCCCUCAAAAUUUAUGGAGAUGUUUCAAUCCACUUCCUUGGAUUUGUUUAUAAUUGGAGCAGUCCUUCUUUUCCAGUAGACGAAUACAAAUUGGCAGGCUUUAAGAGUCCAUCCUGUGUGUUACCAAUGCUUUCUGAGCUUGCAAAUGUAGUCAUACAGCCUAAAAUUCCCUUUGCUGCUCCAAUACCAGGAGGAAUAAAAUCAGGAAUGGCUCUUUAUGUUCGAGGCACUGUUCCUACAGAUGCUACCCAGUUUGCAGUAAAUUUCCAAACAAAAGAGAAAAAUGGUGAUGUUGUAUUUCAUUUCAACCCCCGUUUUGGUCAGUACUUAUACCUUAAUAUCUACUUAAAUGGAGCAUGGCAGAAGGAGGAACUAGUCUACAAUCAUCCCUUUAUCAAGGGGGCUACCUUCAUUUUAUUGGUCAUCAUCAAAUCAGAAGGCUAUGAGGUCUAUGUAAAUGGCAUGAGACAGUGCAUUAUCAAGCACCGCCUUCCUUUAGAGAAAAGUUCUGACAUUUGUAUUUGGGGAGAUGUUUCUGUACUCUUCUAUGGUUUUAUUGAGAACUGGAGCAAAUCCUCUUUCUUUACGGACCAACCGAAAAUCACCUGUACAAAUAACUCAUUCUCAAAUGUCCUACCAGUGGUGACUGAGAUUUCAACUCCAGUCAUACAGCCUAAAAUUCCCUAUGUUGGACCAAUUACUGGAGGACUUAGACCUGGAAUGGGAUUGUAUGUCGAAGGAAGUGUUCCUGCAAAUGCCAACCAGUUUGCAGUAAAUUUACAGACAGGACUAAGUACAGAAUACAGAGGUGAUGAAGUUGCUUUUCAUUUCGAUCUCCGGAUUGGUCAAUAUGUGUACCUGAACGUAUUUAGAAAUGGUGUUUGGGAAAAGGAGGAAUUAGUCUCUGAUAAACCCUUUAUAAAAGGAGCAGCUUUCAAUCUGUUGAUUGCCGUCCAUGCAGAGAACUAUGAGGUGGUUGUGAAUGGUGUUAGACACUGUACAUUCAAGCAUCGUAUUCCUCUAACAAAAGUCACCGGACUUUACAUUUGUGGAGAUGUUAAUAUUAACUUCUUUGGUUUUAUGGAUAACUGGAGAAGAUCGUGCUUUUUUACAAAACAUCCAACAAUCACAGACACAGGAUUAUCAUUUACAAGCCUGUUACCAGUUCCUUCAGAACUUUUCAGCCCAGUCAUCCAGCCUACACUUCCCUACGUUGGCACAAUCAAUGGAGGAAUAAAACCUGGUAUGGCUGUAUUUAUUCGGGGAGCAGUUCCUGAAAACGCUAAAGGCUUUGAGGUCAAUUUCCAAACAGGCCAGUCCGAUGGUGACAACAUUGCUUUUCAUUACAAUCCACGCUUUGGUCAAUAUGUUUACCUGAACACCUUUAGAAAUGGUAACUGGGAAAAAGAGGAAACUGUGUCAGAGCGUCCCUUAACCGAAUCAACAUCCUUCACUAUGUUUGUUGUCAUUAAAGCAGAGCGAUAUGAGGUCUAUGUGAAUGGCUUCAAACAAUGUAUGUUCAAGCAUCGCAUUCCAGUGGAAAAUGUAUCCACACUUGGUUUUCGUGGGGAUGUUUUUAUCAACAUCUAUGGUUUUGUAGAGAACUGGAGCGAAUCAUCCUUAAUGACGAGCAAGGAAAGCUUUGUACCACCAACUAUAUCAAUCCCAUCUACUGUUUUUAAUCCAGUCAUCCAACCUGCACUUCCAUAUGUGGGGCCAAUCAAAGGAGGGAUAAAACCAGACAUGGCUUUAUUCUUUCAAGGGGUAAUUCCUUUACAUGCCCCCAGCUUUGCAGUACAUUUCCAGACAGGUCAGUCUGAUGGUGAUGACAUCGCUUUUCAUUUCAAUCCUCAUGUUGGUCAAUGUACAUACCUAAACAGCUUUAGAAAUGGUUCCUGGGAGGAAGAAGAAACUGCUCCUGAUGAGCCUUUUACCAAGGGAGCAUCAUUCUAUAUGUUCAUUGUCAUCAAUUCUGACCACUAUGAGGUCUAUGUAAAUGGCUGGCGACACUGCAUGUUCAAGCAUCGCAUUCCCAUAGAGAAGGUUUCAACUCUUAGCGUUCGUGGCAAUGUUAACCUCCCUGUUUUUGGUUUCAUUGAUAACUGGAGCAGAUUUCCAUUUGGUACAGACCAAAAUAAAGUCAAAGGCAUGGGAAGCAUUGUUCAGCCAUUCUCAAGCCUUUUACCUGUGCCAUCUGCUCUGUCAUAUGCAGUUCUCCAGCCUGCACUUCCUCAUUAUAAUACACUGCCUGGAUGCUUAAGACCAGACAUGGCUGUAUACUUUCAAGGGACUUUUUCUGCCAUUCCCAAAGCCUUUGAGAUAAAUUUCGCACUUGAGACCCAAGAAAUGGCUUUUCACUUCAAUCCCCGCUUUGGUAAAAAACAUGUAUACCUAAACAGCACUAGAAAUGGUGCCUUGGAGAAAGAAGAAUCUGCCCCCAUCGCACCCUUUACAGGAGGAACAUCAUUCACUCUGUUUUUCCUCAUUAAACCAGAGUGUUUUGAGGUCUAUGUGAAUGGUUUAUAUCACUGUACGUUCAAUCACCGCUUUCCAAUAGAGAAUGUUUCAGUGAUUGCUGCUCAUGGAGAUUUUACUAUCAACGUAUAUGGCUUUAUUGAAAACUGGAGCACAUCACCUUUUUCUGCGGAUGGAUCAAAAAUCACAGUCAAGGAAGGUCAAAGCCUGUUACCAGUAACUCCAGAGAUUUCAAAUUCCAUCGUCCAGCCUGUUCUUCCCCAUGUCAAUAAAAUCAGUGGUAAGGUAAAACCAGAUGCGGCUGUGUACUUCCAAGGUGCUGUUCCUGUAGGUGCUAAAAGUUUUGAAAUAAAUUUCCAAACUGGUCAGUCUGUUGGUGACGAAAUUGCUUUCCAUUUCUACGUUCUCAUUGGUCAGUACAUACGUUUUAACAGCUUCAGAAAUGGUAGCUGGGAAAAAGAGGAAACUGUCUCUUCUGACAAGCCCUUCACCAAGGGGGGAUCCUUCAUCAUGUUUGUUGUAAUUAAAUCAGAUGGUUACGAGGUCUAUGUAAACAGCAUUAGAAUCGGCAUGUUCAAACAUCGCAUUCCUGUGGACAAAGUUGCAGCACUGAGCAUUCGUGGGGAUGUUUCACUCUCCCUUUAUGGUUUCAUUGAUAACUGGAAGAAUUCCUCCUUUUUUACUGAAGGAAAAAACAUCAACAUUUCAUGGAGCCCAUCUUUAAAGAUCACACUCUUGCUGUCUGAGAUUUUUUUCCAGAUUGUCAGGCCUGCACUUCCCUAUGCAACCAAAAUUCCUGGAGGGAUAAAACCAGAUACGGCUGUAUUUUUCCAAGGGACUGUGAAUAAAUUUGCCACAAGCUUUGAAAUAAAUUUUCCGACGGGCCAGACAGAUGGUGAUGACAUUGGUUUUCAAUUUAAGCCCUUGGUUGGUCAAAAUAUAUACCUCAACAGCUUUAGAAAUGAUACCUGGGAGCAAGAGGAAAUUGUUCCUGACAAGUCCUUCACCAAGGGAGCAGCCUUCAUUAUUUUUGUGUUCAUCAGAUCAGAUGGUUAUGAGGUUUAUGUGAAUGGUGUUAAACUCUGCAUGUUCAAGCAUCGCAUUCCUCUAGAGAACAUUUCCACACUUAGCGUUAAUGGAGAUGUUUCCCUCUCCAUCUGUGGCCUUAUAAACAACUGGAGUAGCUCUUCGAGCUCUAAAGAAGUAAUAAAAAUUACAACCCCAGCCGCCAGCCUACCAUCCAUCCCAGCAGAAGUUAAAAAUGCAGUCAGCAAUCCUACACUUCCCUACGUGGGUAAAAUACCUGAAGCAAUUAAACCGGAGAUGGCUGUGUUUUUCCAAGGAAAUGUUCCUGCAGAUGCCAAAAACUUUACGAUAAAUUUCCAAACGAGUCAGGCUGCUGGUGCUGACAUUGCUUUUCAGUUUAACCCCCGCAUUGGUGAAAAGAUAUACCUCAACAGCUUCAGAAAUGGUAGCUUGGAGAAAGAAGAAACUGUCUCCAGCCAGCCCUUCACCAAGGGAGCAGCCUUCAUCAUGUUGGUGGUUAUAAAAUCUGAUUGUUAUGAGGUCUAUAUAAAUGGUGUAAGACACUGCACGUUCAACCAUCGUAUGCCUGUAGAGAAAGUAUCUACACUUGGCAUUCGUGGAGAUGUUUCCCUCUCCAUCUGUGGUUUUAUAAAUAACUGGAAGACUUCUUCCUAUUUUGUUCCUGUUCCUGUAGAAGAAAAGAAAACCACAGUGACAUGGACCACAGACCCCAGUUCAACACCCAUCAAGUUUGAGGUUUCUUAUCCAGUCAGCAGCCCAGUGCUUCCCUAUGUGGGUAAAAUGCCUGGAGGAAUAAAGCAAAAUAUGGCUGUAUUCUUUCAGGGGGCAGUACCUGCUGAGGCAAAAAGCUUUACAAUAGAUUUCCUAACUGGUCAAGGUAAAGGUGAUGACAUUGCUUUCCAAUUCAACCCCCGCUUUGGUCAAUUCAUAUACCUUAACAGCUUCAGAAAUGGUAGCUGGGAGAAAGAAGAAACCACAACUGAUAAGCCCUUUACCACGGGAGAAGCCUUCAUCAUGUUUGUUGUUAUAACCUCAGAAGGUUACGAGGUGUAUGUGAAUGGCAUAAAACACUGCAUGUUCAAGCACCGCAUUCCUAUAGAGAAAGUUUCCACACUCGGCAUUCGUGGAGAUGUUUCCCUCUCCAUCUGUGGUUUAAUUAACAACUGGAGCAGUUCUUCCUGCUUUAAGGCAGUAAUGGAACUCACACAAACAAUCACAGUCACAAGUUUAAAAGAGGUUAAAAUAGAGGUUUCCCAACCAAUCAGCAACCCUGCCAUUCCCUAUGUGGGUAAAAUCCCUAUCGGGGUGAAACAAGAUGUGGCUAUUUUUGUUCAAGGGACUGUCCUAGCAAAUGCCAAAGAGUUUAGAAUAAAUUUUCAGACUGGUUUAUCAGAUGGUGAUGACAUUGCUUUUCACCUCAACCCCCGCAUGGGUCGGUAUACGGCCCUAAACAGCUUUAGAAGUGGUGGGUGGGAGACUGAGGAAUCUGCUCCUUUAAAACCCUUCGAUGCUGGAGCAUCAUUUAAUAUAAUUAUUGCCAUCAGAUCAAAUGGCUAUGAGGUCUAUGUGAAUUACCAGAAAUUUUGCAGGUUCAACCAUCGCAUUCCUUUUGAGAAAGUGUCCUCAGUAGGAAUUAAAGGGGAUGUUUCCAUAAGCGUACUUGGAUUUAUUGAGAACCUCAUUCCCCUUGGCUUCUAACUCGCUUGUAAAUGCAUUCUGGGAAUAUGAUGCACUUUCAUCACAUUCUCUGAUUUUACAAGUGGUUUAUCUUUCCAGUGCUUCAUUAGAAUGCAUUCCUAUGGUGUUUACAAUGGUUUUACAAGCUUUUAUCUUUUCUUUAUUUAAUCUAAAUACCUUUCUAUGAUUUAUAGAAUAUCUGAAUCAUUUAUACACUUUUGAGCAAAUGGGCCUGACAAAUGAUACAUUCUUGAUUCUAAAAAAAACUCAGCUUAGAAUCAGUUAUCUUUACAUUACUUGUAUAACAUCAAAUGGAAAAGGCAUGGCAACAGUAACUGAUUUGAUUGAGAAAUCAAUCAGAUUGUUGUAAGGCCUUUACAGUUGUUCACACCUGUUCACACUACUUAUUUUGUGGGUUUUUUAAUGCAAACUCUGCAGCAAAAGUGUAUAUGCCACUACAAUUUGCAGACCCCCUCCCCCUUUCCUUCCCAAAUGACAGCAAAAAACCUGCAUAAAAUUAAUCUGACACAGAAGUGAUUGUGCACUGUUCUGAUGUGCACUAAAAUGCUCUGCAUUUACUGCAGAUAUUGUGGACUUAAAGUAAAACUUUUGGCCACAAUCACUGAAGGUAUGUUUUAAAAAAAGACCAAAUACCAAGCCAGCUGUUAUGCAUGGGAGUGGUCCUAUUAUGAUGUGUGAUUAUGUGGCAAUCACUGCACUGGUAGAUAGAGGAAUGCACUGUACUAAUUAUAGUGUAGUACAAUAUAGUCUAAUAGCUCCUUUAAUGUGGGAGUACCUACAGCAGCCAUUAGCUGAACUGUUCUAAAGUGACAAGCAUUUACUUCAAAAGUCCAUUUAAAACUAUCUAAGUGAAACAUCAUUCAUACAUGGCCAUUUACUGAUUUGUUGAAUAUGCUCAUCUAUACAUUGAAACAUAAUUUAGUGUUAUAAGUGUGAUGUUUAUGACUCUACUUUGCUUUUAUUCAUGCCUGCUACUUAAACCUUGCUGAAAUCUGUCUGUUACGCUGAUGUACCUUAGGGUACCUUACGCUUAGGGUAAUUCUCUGCGAGCAUUCAAUAAAGAAUGGGACUAAA